CCAUCCGCGCGACGUGCGAGGUGAUAAGAGGGGUAGGUGUAUACACCCGGUGCAUGUGAUGAAUACUGCCAUCGGGAUCCCGAAGGUCGUUAACGGCGACAAGUGAAAGCCCGCCGCCACCGCCCAAAUGGCGAGCUGACCCUGCAGCUGCUCCCUUCCAUGGCGGAAAUGACCCCCACGUAUCUCCUCCUUCCUCGGCCACUAGACAAUCGCUCCCUGUCCCUCCUACGCCAUUUCCCAUAAGCAGUCGCGAGUUCCAUUCCGCAGCUUCUCUACCCGUUCGCAAUGGCCUCGUUGAAGGACCUGAGCAGGCUCGUGAGCGGCCUCUCGCUCGUGGCCAAGGAGAUCGCCAAGCGGUCGGAGCUGCUCGAGACCGCCAGGAAAGGAGACGUCGAAGCAUUUGCCAAAUCGGCGGCAAAGGCCGCCCUUUUUACGGCCACCGAUGUCGCUGGCCUGACCCGGGGCAAGGUCCGCGAUCUCUCUCCUAAACCUAGGCCGAAGAACUCCAUCGUUUACUUUGAUCACCGUCCGGUUGCGGAUGACCAGCAGCCUAGCCUCGGUGGGGAGCAGACACCUGCGGUCAGUCCCGAAAACACCGAAAGCAAUGUGGAAACAGUGGGAGCAGUGGUUUCCGAUUCGCAGAUUGCGGCGGAGGGUGAGGCGAUAGGCGCAAGCUUUGUCGAGAAAUUGAAUACAGAGAGUCUGGCGAUAGAGCAUGAGUCGCAGAGUUUGCCUCCUGAGGAGAAUGUCAGUCUAGAUGGUGGUGGAACACCGGUGCAGCAGCUACCGCCGGUGAAGAGGCGGAAGCCCAGGGAGAGGAGAGUCCCUUCCACCCCUUUCACAAGGGCGCUCGGGUUUGCUGGUCUCGGAGCUGGCCUUGCCUGGGGAACCCUUCAGGAAUCUGCCAAGAGACUCGUCUAUGGUGCGCCUAAAGCACAGGAUUCACAGUCUGCGCUGUCCCCAUUCUUGAGUGAGAGGAAUGCAGAACGUUUGGCUCUCGCACUGUGUAGGAUGCGUGGGGCUGCACUCAAAAUCGGGCAGAUGUUGAGUAUACAGGACGAGUCCCUUGUGCCUGCUCCGAUCUUGGCUGCUUUGGAUAUUGUUCGUCAAGGAGCAGAUGUCAUGCCAAGAAAGCAGCUUAAUCAGGUUUUGGAUGCUGAGUUAGGUCCCGACUGGUCCUCGAAGCUGACAAGCUUUGAUUAUGAACCGAUGGCCGCUGCAAGUAUUGGCCAGGUCCAUCGAGCAGUCACGAAGGAUGGUAUGGAGGUUGCAAUGAAAAUUCAGUACCCCGGUGUUGCAGAUAGCAUUGACAGUGACAUCGAAAAUGUGAAGCUUCUGUUAGAUUACACUAAUCUUAUUCCAGAAGGCCUUUAUCUUGAUAGAGCUAUGAAGGUGGCGAAGGAAGAAUUGUCUCGGGAGUGUGACUAUGAGUUAGAGGCAUCAAAUCAGAAGCGGUUCCGGGAGCUCAUGCCUGGCAAGGAAGGUUUCUAUGUUCCUAUUGUUGUGGAUAAUUUGUCUAGCAAAAGAGUCCUGACUACAGAACUCGUUUCCGGCAUUCCAAUUGAUAAGGUGGCAACACUUGACCAAGAAACUCGUGAUUAUGUUGGGAAGAAGUUGUUGGAACUCACUUUGAUGGAGCUAUUUGUCUUCCGCUUUAUGCAGACUGAUCCUAACUGGAGUAAUUUCCUGUAUGAUGAGCCAACUAGGUCGAUCAGCCUCAUUGAUUUUGGAGCAGCUCGUGAUUACCCAAAGAGUUUUGUUGAUGACUAUCUUCAAAUGGUUAUGGCUUGUGCAAAUAAAGAUAGAGGUGCAGUGAUCGAGCUGUCAAAGAGGCUCGGGUUCCUCACAGGGAUGGAAUCAGAUGUCAUGUUAGACGCCCAUGUCCAGGCAGGCUUCGUGGUGGGCCUACCCUUCUCAAAUCCUGGGGGCUUCGACUUCCGCACCACAAAUAUAACACAAAGCAUAUCGAACCUUGGAGCCACAAUGUUGAGGCACAGGCUCACCCCGCCGCCCGAUGAGGCCUAUAGCCUUCACCGGAAACUCUCUGGUUGUUUUCUGGCUUGCAUCAAGCUUGGGGCAGUUGUAGACUGUAGAGAACUCUUGCUCAAGGUGUACGAACAAUAUCAAUUUGGCGAGGAAGAUCGAGGCCAGAUCUUAUCUAGCGGCGCACAAUUUUGACAAUUUAUUUCUCUACCGAAUCAAUUCUUUACAAGUAAUAAACUCGGGUUGAGAAUCACAUUGCGCGCAUUUUUGUAUAAACUCUGUAUUGACCGAAUCAAUUCUUUUGCGUUAUGAGUGUGAACAGAAAUUCAGGAAAUUUGUAUCGGAUUUAGUUUGGAGAAUAAA